GAAAAGAGCCAGCAGUGAUGAUGCCUUGAUAAAGCCUGCGCUGGCAGCCUCUGGCUCCCGGAUGAAGAAGACUGUGACCACUGGAGCCAUUUCAGAUCUUGCGGAGGCCCGUCCCCGCAGCCUGUCUGUACCAGUGAGAGGGACGGUUCAUCUCACCAUUGUUCAACUGGUAUUGGUGAGAGUAAACUGGCUGGCAGCAGUGGGAGGAGGUGUGUUAAUGUGUGUGUGUGCGUGUGGCCCGGGAAGCCACUCCCCCUCUGAGCUGAUUCCAGUCAUCACAGCAAUAAUGAAGUGCACACGACGCUGCUCGCCCGCCCGCCAGCCUGCCAGUGUGACAUACUGUCACCAUUCUGGAGGACACGCACGCUCGCACACAUUCACACACAUACUCGCAGUCACUCACUGACAGGACACGCAGCCUGCCUCCUCACACAUGCACACACUCACUCACUUACAGUCCUGGGAAGGAGUGGAGAACAGAAAAGAAGACCAGUCGGAGGGAAGAAUAAGAAGAAUUUUAUGGUUUCCUCUCUAUGUGGCUGACCGGCGCUGGUUGUGGGUGCUGAACAGAGACAACAACCCCGACACUCAAACGCACACACACCUCUCCCCCGCAGCCACGGAUUCUUGGAUUAGUCCGCCCCGGUGUGGAGAGUGGGAGUCGCAGAGCGGACCAACAUGGGGAACCAGGCGGGGAGACAGGAGGAAACAGAGUCAGGUGCACAAGCAACCAAGAAGUCUGGUAUCCCAGGUCCAAGAGACAUUCCUUCUACCAUAACAAGAGACCGCACCUCUCUGAGGGACCAGCUCAGGAGCUCUACCACUAAGAAGAUGGUUUCCAGUGCCAGCACCUCCAGCCUCUCCACCCUGGCAAAGCAGACACGCAGCUCGACCAAGUCCCGUGGCGAUGCGGAGGGCCAGGAAAGGGGCCUUCUGGAGUGCCAGGUGAAAGAGCUCCUGGCUGAGUCCAAGGCCAAAGACUUGGAGAUCAGCAAUCUCAGGAUGGAUUUGCAGCGCUGCAAAGGUAAAGCCUCCGCUGCUUCGUCUUCACCCUCACCUCACUCUGUCUCAUGGGAAGAGUCUGCUGCAGAGCGAGAGCAGGAACAGGUGGCGGAGGCCCUCGUGCUGGUUGGGGAGCUGAGGGAGAAGAACGGGAAGUUUCAGAGAGAGCUGGCACAGCUUAGGGAGGAGAACCAGGGGCUGAAGGAAAAGCUGAUUUGCUUGGAGGACUCUCCUGUCUCUAGUUCAAACAAAAGCUCCCCCUCCAAGCAUUUGGUGAAUGGUCUGCCCUCAGACUCCAACUCCGCUACUCCGCAACAGGACAGUCUUCCUCCUUCUGCCAGCCCUUUCAAAACCUCUGUCUCUUCCAGUUCUGACAUCACCAAGGACUCACCAUCACCUGACUCCUCAGAGUUUGAGAAGAUCCCAUCAUGUUCAGAAUCAGUGAGCAGCGGUGUCAGUGGGGAAGCCGUUGUGGUGGGGGCAGUGACCAACGCAGGAGGGAAGGAUUUGUCGGUGCAGAGUUUGACAGAACAGAUUCACAAGAUGGAGGAGAGUCACCACAGCACGGCCGAAGAGCUGCAGGCAACUCUGCAGGAGCUGGCUGACCAGCAACAAGUGGUGCAGGAGCUGACGGCUGAGAACGAGCGCCUGGCUGAGGAGAAGCGCCUCCUGCAGACCUCACUUCAACAGCAGAGAGAGCGCCUGGAGGUGGUGGCCCAGAAGAAUGAGACGCUCGCUGGCCGACUUCAGGAGCAAGCCCAAGCACAGGCCCAGAGGGAGGAGGAGCUGGGCAGCCAAGGGCCUCGGCUGGCCGAGCUGGAGCAGAGGUAUGCCGAGGUGGUCGAGAGCUCGCGCUUUGAACGGGAGAAGCUGGUGGACAUCCAGCAGCAGCUGACAGGCAGCCUGCGGGCUCUCGAGGAGGAGCAUCAGGAGGCCCAGGGCCAGGUGCGUUGCCUUAGAGAGGAGAUGGACAGGCUGCAGGCCCAGCUGGACAGAGAGCUGGAGUCCGGAGGUCAGGCAGCGCAGGCUGCAGAGGAGCAGAGGGCGACGGCAGACUGUCUCAGGCUGGAAAACAGUAGGCUGAAAGCGCAGGUGGACAUUGAGAGGCAAAAGGUGGGUGAGCUGAAGGCCAUGCAGAGUGCCAGUGACAGCACUGAGGUGCAGGACUUGCUGAAAACAGCCCACGCUGAGAGAGACAGGCUGGAGGUGGAGCUGACAGAGCUGAGGCAGGAACUGCUACAGACCCAGGCCGAGACUGAGCAUGUGCAAUCCACAAUGUCCAAGGUGGAGGCCAAGUGCCAGCAGGUUCAGGAGCGGGCCGAGAGGAGGGAGCAGGAGCUCAGCAGCCGGGUGACUUGCCUGGAGGACGGCGGGUUCAUUGCUGAAAACCAGGUGAAGGAGCUGAAGGAGACCAUCUUUGAACUGGAGGACCAGGUGGAGCAGCAGAGGGCCGUCAACUGCCAUACCAACCAAGCCGUCCUGGACAUGGAGAAUCUCGUCAAAAAGCUGGAGGAGCAGAAAGCUGACGCAGACCGACAACUGAAAGUCUUGAGUAGACAGAUGAAGGAUGAAAAAGAGGAGUGGCGUCGGUUCCAGGCGGACCUCCAGACGGCGGUGGUUGUGGCCAAUGACAUCAAGGUGGAGGCUCAGCAGGAGCUGCGUACACUCAGGAGGCAGCUGCAGGAGGAGCAGGACCGCAGUGCAAAGCUUUCCACAGACCUUGAAGCCCUGCAGGGUGUCAGGUCCCAAGGUGACGAGGUGAGGGCGUCCGACUCCGAUAUCAACAGUCACUGGUGCGGCAUCUCCAUGAUCCCGACCACACCCAUCGACGCCAGCGCAGAGGCCGACUUGGAGCCCGGAGCUACUGUCAAAUCCCUCAUUAAGUCCUUUGAUACUGUUGGACAGAAUGGACCAGGCCACACAGUACAAAUUCAUUCUUCCCCAAGAAGCCUGCUGAGUGGGAUUCCUGUACGCACCGCACCUGCUGCUGCUGUCUCCCCUAUCCAGAGACACACGUAUAUAAAACCACUAUCAAAGACGUUGGAAAAAAGAAUCAACCACGGAGAAUUCUCUCAUCAUCACGAUAAGUUGUCGGGCUACGGGGACGACCUGAAACCUAGCAGCCUAAUGAGGAAGAGCCCUUCUCUAGAGUCUGUAAUCAAACCUCCCGCCUCUUUCAGCAGCCGCACAGGAUCCUUCAGCUACAACCGAGGCAACAGCAAGCUCAGUGUGGAAAGAAAGGACCCCUUGGCUGCUCUGGCGCGGGAGUAUGGAGGAUCUAAGAGAAACGCUCUACUGAAGUGGUGCCAGAAGAAAACAGAAGGCUAUCCGAAUAUUGAUGUGACCAACUUCAGCAGCAGCUGGAGUGACGGCUUGGCUUUCUGCGCCCUCUUGCACACAUAUCUGCCCGCCCACAUCCCUUACCAGGAACUCAUCAGUCAAGAUAAGGACCGGAAUCUGGCCCUAGCUUUCCAGGCUGCUGAGAGCAUUGGGAUCAAACCUUCUCUGGACAUGGAGGAGCUGAUGAAGACGGACAGGCCGGACUGGCAGAGCGUCAUGCAGUACGUCUCUCAGAUCUACAAAUACUUUGAGACCUGACUGACGGCGAAAAGAGGAGCCGGAGACCAAUGAAUCGGAGGCACUGGAGCACUUUUCUGUCACCGUCUGUCAGCACUACAUUCACCUUCCAGACAGACAGAACGCUGCCACCUGAACGCUUCUCCUGCUCACUGUUUCACACCAGAGACACGACUGAGGAAUUCUCUGUUCUUGAGAAAUUGAAAACAGUCACGGAGCUGCUGUAUUAUCAUUUCUUAACGGGACGCUACAGUGAGCGCCGAGGCCCAAAUUUACAAAGACUGCAGUGAGGAAACGCAUUACCUUGUUCAUAUUUACAAGCUUAAUGAGCAUCUGAUCCACAGACAAAUGAAAGCAGACAAACAGAUUAUGGUGCGGUUGAGGCAGUUGACAGCACAACUGAGAGGAUUAAGAAGAGAUUUAUUUUUAAUUCCUUUAUAUUGACUUUGAAAGAAUUUACAAAAAUACAUAAGAACUUUUGUCACAAACUGGCUGUCAAUAGAAAAGAUUUUUUUUUUUCAUUAUGUGCUAAUUAUCGGUGUUUGUGAAUCAAAUGCUCUGGUUCUGAUUGUUUUCAACAUGUGCCAAAUCUUCUGCCAAGACACAACUUAAACAAGACUAUCUAUGCAUGGUGAAAGUGUAAUAACCUUCUGUCUGAGUGCGCAGUGUGACGUCUCCUUGCACUACAACAUGCAGUCAUGACUGAACCCGUGUGAAACCAAACUUUCGGUAAAUUUAGUUCCGUUUGCUGAAAUGUUGCUUCAAAGAUUCGAUCAUUUCUCAUACCGAGUGCUUAUAGUGAACCAGCUGGAGUUGUACUUUGCAGAGCAGAGAGUAUUUUGAACUGACAGGUUUGAGUUGAAGCAAAAGCCUUUAUAUUUUCCACUUUUAAUGUGUGCAUCCUUGAGAAUAGAAAUGAAAUGAACCCUAGCUGCCAUUUGUGGUGUGACACUAAAAAAAAUGAUUAAGAGAGUUGCUGAAUAGUUUUGUAGAAAUAUUUUUAUGAAAACAGAUUGAUCUCUAUGUUUGCAUUGUUUACAGCAUUAAGGAUUGGCUGAAUGGAACCGUCGUAGCGUGCCCUCCUGUGUCGUUUCUUCACGUUUUCCAUCAAGACUCUCUCAACAACUAUGGUACUGCAGCUGCUUUGCAAAAUAUACAUAUUUGGCAUGCCAAGUUAAAUUAUAAAGGAGAAGAUGACUUUUACAUGGAAGAGUUGAGGCACAUGCAGAUGCCCUUAAUGUUUUGGAAGAUAAAAGUGUUAUUUAUUUAUUUACAAAAUUUGCAUCCAGAAAAGGGAGAAUAUGGACAGAAGUGUGUGCAGUUUUCUAUUUACGGAUGUCAGAUUUGGAGGGAUGGAUAUUGCUCAAUAAAGUAUUGUCAAGUUUUAUAUGCAA